ACGAAAUAGCGGAAGUUACGUAGUUACCCGAGCGCCACGUACAUUUGUUUAUUUAUGUUGUCGAUAAAACAUUUGUGUGAAUAACAAUAUCGUGGUUAUGAUAAGAUUACAUUUUUCAUCAUAGUAAGUGACAUUAUUUAAACACCAAUUUAUCUGCCCUCUUGUUUGCGAGGUGAGCGUUUCAUUUUAUAGCGGUACUGUGUUAAAAUAGCUAUUGUUUGUAGCUAGCUCACCUAACAGCUGUAUUGUCUUGUAUCCCUUGAUCCCGAUAAAACGUUUUUCCCCUAACUACACAAAAGUAUAUGUUUGAUAAUCUUGCGUGAGUAUUCAGUAUUUUAUACAUUUGUUUGCCUGUGAUACGUUGGUUUUACUGUAUUAUAACACGUUUGUGCUUUGAUAUAACAUGAUUUGUUUUAACAAAAAACAUUGUUUUGUUCCAAACUUGGUAUAGGCUAAGGUUAACAAAAAAACAUGAUAACGAAUUAUUGUUUAAUAUUAGGGUUGGCGUAGGAAACUGAACAAAAUGUUAUGUAGUGGAAGCAGCUAUAUCCUUCUGCAAUAAGUAACUGGUAUUUUACACAGUAGAAAAUGUCCUCAGAUACAGCACCUAUAUUCACACAUUCUGUCAUGUUUUACAUUCAUUUCACAGCAGAAAUAAUUCACCAAAUGCUAUUAAAAAAUUUUUUUUAAAUGAUAUGUUAUACAUCUUUUAAAGCUUAACAGCCUUACUGGAGUGAGAGACCAUGGGCCGGUUGGAUGAUGCCGCUAAACACAAAGUGGUGGAGCUGCGAAAGGCUGGUCUGAGUUUCCGCAAGAUCAAAGCCGUGUUGGAGCUGGAGAACAUCAAGGUAUCUGCCCAGGCAAUCUACCUGUUCCUAAGGGAAUUCCAAGGGAGGCCACCAGGGAGGGUUAGACCUAUGGAGGCUGGAGGAAGCACAUCACCCGCACAGAUGCAGCAUCAACCCGGGGCAAUACAAGAGGGCUGGAGUAACAUUCGAAUCCAAAAUCUUCUGCGGGAUGCAUCUCACCAUGCUGGCUUUGCAGCUGCUUCAAAUUUUGCCAAACAGAUUUCCACAAAUCCAGAUUUUGGUGCAAAGCCAUCUGGGUCUGGGGUGACAAGUGGAGGCAGCAGGCCAGAAAUUCAACAGGAGGGAGAUAAGGAAGAAAAUGACAUCCAGAUUGUAAGUGUCACCUCCCUUGCACAGAGCAGCCAUCAAACAGUUCCUCAGUCCAUUGUAACAAGAGCAGAGACUGGUGCUGGGUCUUCCACACUAACAGCUUCUGCAGCAUUGAUGAGGAGGAGAGUUACAGCUUCUCCAGCCACAAAUUCAAUGCUGGUAGCUCGAAGGAGGCUUUUGGAUAAAGCGCUGGCACACAGGGUGAAGUCUUUCCCUCAGGUAGCGUCUUUGUUGAGGAGAGAUCCCUCCAGUGUCCAAGCUGCUAAUUUGAGAAGUUCAAUAACACAACUGUCCGAAACGUGUGAUCUGACCACUGAAAAGACUGUUAUGGAAGGGCAGUCUAGCACCACCAGGCGUUUUCCCACUCAAAGACCAGGUCUGCAUGUGCGUUCCCUUCCCCCUCUCCCUCGGGUUGGCAUUCGUCUUCCUAAUUGCUCAACAGCACCUUCAACAUCUGUGGCUCCUGGGGUUGCCAUUAUUCGUCUACAAACCCCAGGAGGCCAGGGCGGAACUCGUAGUGAGGGGAACCCAAGCCCUCAACAAGCAGUCCAGGACACUGGAGGGAGAGGUGGUCUUCAGGAUCAGAUUCAGACCCUGGGUUCAGAGGUGCGCAGUUUGGGUCUGUCAGUGAAGAUGCUGGUGGAGCAGCAGUGCUGCCUUGAGAGGGAGCAGGUGCAGCAGACACACAUUCAGAAGCAGAUCCUCAGCACUCUACAGUGCCUGGCCACCAAACUAGGACGUUGUAGUGUUGUUCAGCAGCAGCACAACAAAACUCCAUCACCCUCUGGUUUGCCAACUGCUUCUGCAUCUACCUCCUUCAGCCAAGACACCUUCAACUUCAGUCAAGGCACAUACACUCAGUGCAACCAAACCCAGCCAAACUAUAACUCUUUAGAGAGUUUAGAAAAUGUAGAGGCCUUUAAACUGCCAGGAUUGAGUCCUUCAAGCAUGAAUGGCUUUCCACCAUGUAGCAAUGCUGAGAACCUCCCACUUACCCACACUCCCCCUCAUACACAAGCGUAUGCUACUUCAUACCCAACCAGUCAAACACUUAUGCCUCCUUACACACAGUCCUAUGUCUCUCCAUACAGCCAGUCACAUUCUCAGACUUUCAGUGGUGAAGUAAAUAAAACAGCUGAUUUUCAAAACAGCUGUUCAACAAGGACUCUCCAGGACUGCAGUGUUUCCACACAGCCAGUGAUGAACUCUAACCUCUCUUCACAGGACCAGCAAAUCAGUAUUAUCAAGGUUGAAGGACCUUAGUAGCUUACAGAUGCCACAGUGUUUUGGGACCAUAAGGGCUUGGAUGUGCUUUUACAUAGACCUUUAAUAUACACAUGUUUUGUAUAAUGAAUAUAAACUGUAGCCUAAAAUGUAUUAUUUUAUUUAAAAUAAUACAUUUUAAGAGAAUACAACAGCAAUAUAAUGCAGUGCUUUAGUAACAAUAUGUUUAUGAUUUGUCUUUACAAUAGGCAAUGGAAAAAAUGAUUGAUUGAUAUACAGCUCUGGAAAAAAUUAAGAAUCCACUCCUUUUCUUUUCUUAAAUCGCAAUCUUUAUAUGAAUGGCAGUCAUUCCAUUCCAGAGGCUGAUGAAUUCCAACUCAGAUAAAUGAUGUCAAUAGUUUAUAGAAUGACAUUUUAAAAAAUGUUAAUUUGACUUAAACACAAACCUAGUAUAAAUAGUAAAACCAGAGAAAGUGAUAAUGCUGCAGUGGUCUCUUAAUUUUUGCCAGAGCUGUAUAUGCAGGCACUAUCUUUGUCACUUUUUUCUAUCUAUUUCUUUAGUAUAAUAUCGACGAGCAUUACUGACUGUUAGUUUUCAUACAUAUAUGAAAUUUAAAAAAUAAAGUCAUGAUUAAAAUACAAA